UAAUGGAGUACAAAUUAAUAACCGAAGAUCGUUACGACGAUGUUAUACGUCAUUUGAGAGACAACUUUUUCGCCGAUGAACCUCUCAACAAAGCUGCUGGCCUAUGUCGUCGUGGCAUGGGACACAGAGACUUGGAGCAUCAUAGCCUGGAGACCUUAGAGGAUAAUUUAAGUUUAAUGGCAGUAAAUGAAAACAAUGAGAUAGCUGGUGUCAUUUUAAAUGGUAUUUUACAUCCGGGUGAUAUAGAAAGUUGCCAAAAGAAAUUGGAACUAAAUGAUGAUGAAAAAUUUAAAAAAAUAUUCAAACUUUUAUAUUCAUUAAAUUUGAAAGAGAAUAUCUUUAAACAUUUUCAUGUAGAUAAGGCGUUUGAUGUACGCAUCUUGUCGGUGGAUAGUUUGUAUAGAGGCCAGGGCAUAGCCAAGGAAUUGGUUAAACAUAGUGAGGCUAUAGCCAAAGAAUAUGAAUUUAAGCUAAUGAAAGCCGAUGCCACUGGCAUAUUUUCCCAAAAGAUCUUAAAAUCUAGUGGUUUCGAGGUAUUACUGGAGCAGUACUAUAACAAACAUGUGGAUGAAUUUGGCCAGCCUAUAUUAAAAGUUGAAGCUCCUCAUAUUAAAUUGCAAUUGCUUUAUAAGCUAUUAAAUUAAAUUUUUAGUUAGUUUUUAAAUCAGUUUCUAUUUUCAAAAUGAAAAUAGAGCUUGGUUUUUUUUAAUAAAAGUUCCAAAGUUAAUGUUACUAUUUUAUAUACCAAAAGAAAGCGUAAAAUUAAUAUAUUAAAAUUAAAAUAAAUUAAAAAUAACCCAGUCCAUAUAAAUCAUAUAGUUUGUGCUAGAUUUAAGACAAUAAUUUAAACAAUAAAGGGGUAUAU